AUUUUUUAAUUCAAGAAUUUCAGAAAUAUUUAUCGUAGGUAACAACACGACGGUGAUAAUAAGAUUUUGUGACCAAAUUAUCUAAAGUAAUAGCAGACAUAAACGCUAAACGAUGUGCUUAAAUGAAUUGUAAUGUCGGAAUAAAGUUCUAGACGGCGAAGAAAUGCAAACGGUUGUGUUUCCUGUUUUACGCAAAAAAUAUGCUGCAGAACUUUACGCAGCAGAACAGCUGCAUUUGGCGGCAGCCGAAGCUAAUGUGGAUCGAAUGCGAGAUUUGCUAGCGAAUGGCGCCAAUUGUUAUAAACCUGUAAAGGACGGUGAGACCGCAUUACAUGUAGCAAUAUGGAAUCAGCAAGCCGAUAUUUACGCAAUGUUGUUAGAUAUCUACGAGAGAGAUUUUGCGGUAAUCGAACAGAAAUGCCAUUCACUAGGCAAGGAUAAAUGGUGGCUUAAGAAGACGAUCCCGGUCGCAUGCACUGAAGAGCAAUGUAAGCGUGCAAGAGAUCUCGAGGUGCUAAGUUCUAACGAAGAAUUCAAUGAGGAAAAUGUUGAGUUAGUUUUCUUAAAUCGAACAUGUGAAUUGAAUCAGACAGCACUAAUUCAUGUUAAUGCAGCAAAUCGUGAGCAGAUACAACAUUUCAUCAAAUCACUUGCAAUGAAUGGAUUUAUAUCAUGGAACAACAGUGGAUUCGACCAACGAUGUGACACAUUUUUGCAGCUUGCCGUAUUUCGUGGGGAUAUAAGUCUAAUUAGAAGAUUAAUUUCUAAUGGGGCUCACGCUGGACAAUCCGGUCGAAAAAAUAUAACCCCAUUGAUGGAAGCGUGCAGCACGCAGAACUUUACCGUUACCAAAAUGCUUUUUGAAGAAUUUGGCGAUCAAUUAGAUCCAACUGUACUCGAUAGUAUUGGUUAUUCAGCUUUGACACAUCUUUUACCCCGAUGCAAGGCUGAUAUUUUUGAUUAUGUUCUACAGAAAAUAGUUGCCUAUCGAAGAGAUAAAUUGCAAGAAACGGAAACCGAAGCAUUCAAUCGAACCUUUCGUUAUGAACAUCGUAAUUGGCCUGAACUUUCUAUCUGGAGUAUGACUGAUGAUCGGUCCCGUGCGACAUAUCUUGUGCAAUAUUUAAAGAGAUACAAAUACGAUCUAAGCUUUCGCUCAGGUUACCAAGUGAUGCUGAUGGAGUUAAUCACCCGUCAUACGGCCGAGGACUAUUAUCAAGCAGAAAUACGUCGAGAGCCUAAGUUGUUAGAGCUAGAAGAUCCCGAAGGGUGCAACGUUCUGCACUGUUUGCUGUGGUCAGAUGAACUGGAGUUUGUUAAAGAAUUGUACGAAGUUCAACCGGAUUAUUGCCGAACUGUGUUUGAACGUGAUACUGGAGCCGUAAUUUGUUUGGCCAGCGUUAUGACGCACUGCAACUGUUCGGUACUGAUAUUUCUGCUUAAUCGACACCUGGAAUUUAUCGGAAGUAUUGCCGAUCGUAUGUUAGAUAGCUUCUACGAGGAAGAGUUAAUCCCUCCGGGAAUGUUUGAUGAACCAGUUGAUAUAUUGGUUGAAUAUUUACCUCAGCUAGCCAGUCGGAUCGAUGACCUUAAAUACAAGGUGAUGGAAGAGGAGAUGGAGAUGAUGCUUGAGGAUGUAUUUUUUAGUAAAAGUUUUACACCAGAGGAGAGAAUUGAUUCAGCUCUUUUCAAGGCAUCGCAAAGACACACCAUGGAUUCCGAUUUGUUUCCAUGCGUAUAUGGAUUGUCCGAUAGUGAUGAUGAUGCAUCUAGUGAAACACCAAGACUAAUAGAAUACUUUGAAUACGAACAGGGUUUCCUAGAGAAGCUGACCAAUUUCGAGAUAAACUUCUAUCAACCAGAAAAAGAGGGAACAUUACUCCAUCGAUCCAUCUGGCGGAACCAAAAACGGAAAUUUGAUGACUUAAUACAAGCUUACCAGCUUGAUUUCAACAGGGUUCGUAACUAUUUAGUGUCUAAAUUUGAUUGGAAUACGAACGAUAAAGUAUGGCUCCGCAAAACGAUACUAGUAGCAGUUGAUAAAGACCACUGCGUAGAGGCAAAAACGCUUGAAAACCUGCAAAUUUCAAACGAAGAUAUAUCAAGGGCUGUGUUUGUUCUGUUAAAAACACCUAUUGAAGGAGAGGAAGUUGCUGUGAUUCAUCCAUGUGAAACUAAUCGUCUAGCUGUAUUUCAUCUAAUCAAUAAGCUCAUUCCUAAUGGGCAACUCACCUGGAACAGUAUAGGGAAACAAACGAAUGAAACGCCGAUAGAAGUAGCCGCUUCUUGUGGCAAUAUUCUAUUCAUCGAUCGCCUCUAUGGUUUGGGAGCUGAAAUCGCUUUUCAUGAACAUAGUGCAUUGAUAACCGCUUGUCGAUAUCUUCAGAAAGAUGUCAUCUAUUGGUUGUUAACGGAACAUUUCGAUCAUUUCGAUUGCACUCUUCGUGAUGACCAACAAUACAAUGCCAUCAUAUUACUAAUGCAGAAACAUGAAGAAGAACUUUUUGAAUUUGUGCUAGAAAAGAUGAUUACCUAUAGACAAAAGUAUUACCACGAGUCCGAAUCAGAGGCUUUCAAUGCAAUCAUUCGCUUCGAGCAUAAAGAUUACGCAGGUCUUUCUAUUUUUAUGUUCGUCCCAAAUGGACCAAUGCUCCACAUAGUAGAAAAAUAUAUUGUAAAAUAUAAACUUGAUUUGGCCUACCAAUGGGAGGAAGUUACAAUAUUGUCUGUGAUGUUAAAUCGCAAGAUUGCAUUAGAAUAUUGCUUCGAUGAAAUAAGAAAGAAUCCCAGUCUUUUAGAGUUGGUGGAUUAUGAUUGCACAACUGUUUUACACUCUAUGGUUACCUACGGCUACACAGAUUUUCUUAGAGUAAUGUACAUCACAAAACCGGAGUUAAAAACAUACUUUGAAACUGAUGGCGGAAUCAACGUCCUGAAACAAGCACUCUUUAAUGGAAAUUGUGAGCAGUUACAAUUCAUAUUCGACAAUCACCUGCAGUUCGUUAAAAGCCGAUUGGAAGAUCUACGGCAACUGAUUUAUCAAGUAAAUUCCGUAUUUCUAAGCACAGUUAAAGAUUUGAUUUUAAAUUAUUUCCCUGAGCUUCGCAAGGACGCUGAAGAUGCAUGUCAACCUAAGCCAGAAUAUCAUUCAUCUACCGAUCUAGAGUGGUCCUUUAAUGAACUUUGCCUAGACAUGUCCUCGAUUCCUGUGAAAUUGCAGAACUCACAAUCACCCAAAAGCAUUAGAGGCAAAAAUGGGGAAACUCUUCUUCAUUUAGCCGCGGAUAAAGAUGAUGCUAUUUUCUUUGUUGAAAUGCUAGAAUCAGAUUGCGAUCUGACUGUUGUAGAUAACGAUGGAAAUCAUCCUGUGCAUUUUGUGCGAAGUUUAAAUAUGCUGAACCUGCUUAUUGAUCGUCACCCAGAGGGUGAUAAAAUUGUACAUUAUAGAAAUGCAAAUGAUUUUACCGUUCUACAUUAUGUUUGUUCUCGGUAUAUGGAACGAGAAUCUCGGCUUCAUUUGGUACAACGAAUAGUAGACUAUGGAGUAGACGUGAAUUUGUUGAACAAUCAAGGAGAAACAAUAUUGUUUUUAUUACUAGAAUGCGGCCCAUUAGAUAUUCUUUUGAAGCACAAUAUCAAGUUAGACGUUAUCAAUAAAAGGAAUGAAACAGCUCUGCUGCAUCAAGCACGCAACGGAAAUGUCUAUGUAACUACUGCAUUACUUCCGAUGUGUGUUGAUCUUCCGAGUUUCAAAGCCAAUGCUUACGAAUAUCUGACUUUGAUGAUGAACAGCAGAUCUCGAGAUACGUUCACUUGCGAAUAUCAAGGGUUUUUAAAAAACUACCCGGAAAUAACUAAACUUUUGUUUGAUUCGUUAUAUCAACAUUCGCGAGAGGAAGCAUCUAAGAUUUUUACCAAAGCAUGCUCCGGUGCCUUCAACUUCGUAGUGGAAAAGUUUUUGGACUACGACUAUGAUUUAAAUUACAAUUACGCAGAUGAGCAUGGAUAUACACCUAUUAUUGGACUGCUAAGUUAUAUGGAGGAGAAAAACGACCAUUUAGUCAAACGGCUCCUGGAAAAAGGUGGAAUUGAUUUGGAAGCACGCAGCAACCGGGGGCAAAAUGCUCUUUUAUCGUUUGCAAGUUACUUCAGAUCUGCUCAGUGGCAUGGCCACAAUGUUGAAACAGUUCAACUCUUGUUAGACUAUGGGUCCAACAUUAAUGCUGCUGAUGAUGAUGAGAAUACGGCACUCCACAUCGCUUUCUCGACAAGCGAGAAAGAACUGGUUGAGAUGCUAGUUAGGCAGGGAGGAAAUUUGAAGGCUGUGAAUAAAAGUGGAAAAAUUCCAUGUCAAAUGGGAGGAAAAGUAGAUCAGGAAUUAUUUUAUUUCAUGGUAUAA